GUUGCUGCUGUUCUGCUCUGCGUCCUCGCUACAAACGCCUGGUGGACAACAUAUUCCCUGAAGAUCCAAAAGAUGGCCUUGUUAAAGCGGACAUGGAGAAACUGACAUUUUAUGCGGUAUCUGCUCCAGAGAAACUGGAUCGAAUUGGUUCUUACUUAGCAGAGAGGUUGAGCAGGGAUGUUGUCAGACAUCGUUCUGGGUAUGUUUUAAUUGCUAUGGAGGCAUUGGACCAGCUUCUUAUGGCUUGCCAUUCUCAGAGCAUCAAGCCAUUUGUAGAAAGCUUUCUUCAUAUGGUAGCAAAGCUGCUAGAAUCAGGGGAACCAAAGCUUCAAGUUCUUGGAACAAAUUCUUUUGUCAAAUUUGCAAAUAUUGAAGAAGAUACACCAUCCUAUCACAGACGUUAUGACUUUUUUGUAUCUCGCUUCAGUGCCAUGUGUCAUUCCUGUCAUAGUGAUCCAGAAAUACGAACAGAAAUCCGAAUUGCUGGAAUCAGGGGUAUUCAAGGAGUGGUUCGCAAAACAGUUAAUGAUGAACUUCGGGCUACCAUUUGGGAACCCCAGCAUAUGGAUAAAAUUGUUCCAUCCCUGUUGUUUAACAUGCAAAAGAUAGAAGAGGUUGACAGUCGCACAGGUCCUCCUCCUUCCCCUUCUGCCGCUGACAAAGAAGAGAAUCCCGCUGUGCUGGCCGAAAACUGUUUCAGAGAACUGCUGGGUCGAGCAACUUUUGGGAACAUGAAUAAUGCUGUCAGACCAGUUUUUGCGCAUUUAGACCAUCACAAACUAUGGGAUCCCAAUGAAUUUGCAGUUCACUGCUUUAAAAUUAUAAUGUAUUCCAUUCAGGCUCAGUAUUCUCACCAUGUAAUUCAGGAGAUCCUAGGACACCUUGAUGCUCGUAAAAAAGAUUCUCCACGGGUUCGAGCUGGUAUCAUCCAGGUUCUGUUAGAGGCUGUUGCCAUUGCUGCUAAAGGUUCCAUAGGACCCACAGUGCUGGAAGUCUUUAAUACUCUCCUAAAGCAUCUGCGUCUCAGUGUUGAAUUUGAAGCAAAUGACUUACAGGGGGGAUCUGUAGGCAGUACUAACUUAAACUCAAGUUCCAAAGACAAUGAUGAGAAGAUUGUGCAGAAUGCUAUCAUCCAAACAAUAGGAUUUUUUGGAAGUAACCUACCAGAUUAUCAGAGGUCAGAAAUCAUGAUGUUCAUUAUGGGGAGAGUACCUGUUUUUGGAACAUCCACCCAUACUUUGGAUAUCAGUCAACUAGGGGAUUUGGGAACCAGGCGGAUUCAGAUAAUGUUGCUGAGAUCUUUACUUAUGGUAACCUCUGGAUACAAAGCAAAGACAAUUGUUACUGCACUGCCUGGAUCUUUUCUGGAUCCUUUGUUAUCACCAUCCCUCAUGGAAGACUAUGAACUGAGACAAUUAGUCUUGGAAGUAAUGCAUAAUCUCAUGGAUCGCCAUGACAAUAGGGCAAAACUUCGAGGGAUCAGAAUAAUACCAGAUGUAGCUGACCUAAAGAUAAAAAGAGAAAAAAUUUGUAGACAAGACACAAGUUUCAUGAAAAAGAAUGGGCAGCAACUGUAUCGCCACAUAUAUUUGGGCUGUAAAGAGGAAGACAAUGUUCAGAAAAACUAUGAGCUACUUUAUACUUCUCUUGCUCUUAUAACUAUUGAAUUGGCCAAUGAAGACGUGGUUAUUGAUCUCAUUCGAUUAGCCAUUGCUUUACAGGACAGUGCGAUUAUCAAUGAGGAUAAUUUGCCCAUGUUCCAUCGCUGUGGGAUCAUGGCGCUGGUUGCAGCGUACCUCAACUUUGUAAGUCAGAUGAUAGCUGUCCCUGCAUUUUGCCAACAUGUUAGCAAGGUUAUUGAAAUUCGAACUAUGGAAGCCCCUUAUUUUCUACCAGAGCAUAUUUUCAGAGAUAAGUGCAUGCUUCCAAAAUCUUUAGAGAAGCAUGACAAAAAUUUAUACUUUUUGACCAACAAGAUUGCAGAGUCACUAGGCGGAAGCGGCUAUAGUGUUGAGAGGUUGUCAGUACCGUAUGUACCACAAGUCACAGCUCUCUUUCCUUCAGGCAAAAAACCUCAUAAACCCAGGCACAAGCACAAAGAUGAAGAUCGACUUUCUAGAAGAAAAAGUAUUGUGGACACCGUAUCCAUUCAGGUGGAUAUUUUACCCAACAGCAUUCCUUCUGAUGAUGUGGUUAGUAACACUGAAGAAAUCACCUUUGAAGCAUUGAAGAAAGCAAUUGAUACCAGUGGAACGGAAGAACAGGAGAAGGAAAAGAGGCGUCUUGUGAUAGAGAAAUUCCAGAAAGCACCUUUUGAAGAAAUAGCAGCACAGUGUGAAUCCAAAGCAAAUUUGCUUCAUGAUAGACUUGCUCAAAUACUGGAACUCACCAUACGCCCUCCUCCCAGUCCAUCAGGAACACUGACCAUUACUUCUGGGCAUGCCCAGUACCAGUCCAUCCCAGUCUAUGAGAUGAAGUUUCCAGAUCUGUGUGUGUACUGAGUGGCUCAUGAAGACCUCAGCGUAGGAUCUAAAGCCGAAAAAUGAAGGCCACGCUGAGUUUUCAGGGUUUACUUAAUGUGUAUUAACAUAAUGCUUGAGAAUAACAGUGAGACUUCUCUUCAACCAAACGCUUGGCACACACCACAUUAGAAAUGGUGGAGCCAUCCAUGAUUUAGAAUACUUUAGAAGAUGGAUUUCUUUUGCAGUUCCUGUUGGCUUUUGAAGUUGGACAUGUAUCGAUCUCCCAUUCCACAGUUAAGCAGUAUAUUUUAAACUUUUCACAAACAUGUAAUUUUAAAACAUAUUAUGCCUCCAGAGGGUUGAAGAUGUAUGAAGUGUCUACUGUAUUUCUUAAACAUCUGCACAACUGCUUAGAAAUAGAAUUGCUUUUGUGUUUGUUUAUCUGCAAAAGCAAAUACAUACAAAUAUAUUGCUAAUCUUGGGGCUGCAAAACUGUUCUGUGGCUUAUUGUCCCCACGUUUUAGAUGUUGUGAUCUAUAACAACAUGUGAUAGGCAUUCCUCAACUUGUUUAUGGUAAUAAGACAUCUGUUGAGUAAUAGUCCCAGAAUAUGACCAACCCUAAAAUCGCCAUACUUAAAAGUGUCUAGUUCUUGUAAUACUGUGUUUUCUGCCAAGAGUUUGACCAUUCUACUUGAGACAAGCUUAGAGCUUACUCUUGGCAUACCAAACUGUGCAAUAUUUUUUUACAUCAUAAGAUGUAUUCGUUUACAAACUAUACUUUGACAUUAUAGUAGUAUUUUGCUGUGGCUCCAUUAAUGAAAUCAGAUCUAUAUUUAGUGUAGGAAAAAAAGACUUUUAAAACAGCUACUAGUUCACCUGUGAAGAGUAUGUACAUUUUGAGUUCUUUCAAAAGCACAUUACUUACAUUUUUAUAUUAUGCAUUGUUUAAAAUCUUCAUAGUCAGAAAAUUCUCCAAAUGGACUUUUAAUUUGUAAGAUUUGAACUGUUCAGUUGUAUACAUUUGUUGAGGAUUUGGUGUAUUACAUUUGAAAAGAGUGCCUAUGGCUUUAGCAAUCAAGUGUGCUAAGGAUCGUCAUUGUGAGCUUCUGUUGAUUUAAGUUACCAAGGUUACAUGUGUACUCUACACAUGUGCUCAGAGACCUGUAGUGUUUUCUUAAAAUUAUGUACAUUUUAGUGAAUUCCAUCACACAGCAAAAAUGAAUGACUUUCUUUGCAAGUCUUAUAAAAUUCUCGUAGGACAUUUUUAUAGAAUAACCUCUUUAUAAUUGUAUUGCCUUUUCAGAUUCAGUUUCUUUUUACAAAGAACAAUAUACAUAUCAAAAAUUGUAGCUCAAAAACUAAUUCAGUUUUUUUUUAAAGAUUUUCAUUGAAUUUUAUUUUAUGACCACAGCAACAAUCAAAACUGCACUAGAAACAAAUUCUUAGCAAUAACACUAAUUCAGUUUUUAUCUUUUGUUUUUGUUUGAAAACCUACAGUGAGAAUGGCAGGUUUGAGUUUAUGAUUAUUAUGAUUAUUAGGCACCUGUACAAGAAACAGAAAGGUCAGGAAGUAACAAAAGAACAAGCAUACCCCAGAUUUUUUUAAUAAAUGAAGUACAGCAUCUUGAAACAUCUUGCAAAAUAGCCUAGUCAUUUAAACCCAUAAAAUGAUACUCAGCCCUCCUGGGCAGUGUGUUAAAUGUAGGUAAGCAAGACCUUGUUUCAGAAUGAUAGUGCAGGCGUUGAAUGGCCUUCUUGUAGCUGUCACUGUAACUUUGCCUCUUGAGUGGGUAAAAUGUGUCGUCAUAUAAUAGGCCAAGUUUUCUGUUUUUUAUUUCCCUUUUUUUCUUCUGUAUUUUUAAAGAACUGUAUUAAUUUUUGUGCAUUUAACAAAAUCUCAGCAGGGGGACAUGCAAAAAAACAAUCAUCAUCCACUUGGAUGUCAUUUUAUAGAUUAACACUGUGUGCUUUUGUAUGAAAAAUAUAUAUAAUUGAUGAGUAUAAGUAAAGGAGAUCUAUAUUCAAUUGGACUCAUGCAAACAAACUUUACAGAAUUUCAUGUUUCUCUGUGGUACAAGAAAUGCAUGUAUUGCAUGUAAAGGAAAACCAUUUGAAUUAAUGUUGAUCACACCUUUCUCUUGGUCUGUUUGUAAACUGUUGAUGUGGGGUUUGCAGGGUUUUUUUUCUUGUUGUUGUUUUUAAAUCACAGUAGACUUCUAUAUGUCCUAGAUAACUGAACUGGUCUUGUUAAUAAUGAUUCCCAAAAAAUGGGUCUUUUCUUUGGUUUGUCCUUUCCAGGAGAUUGCAGGACAUCCUGCCAGGUAAUGGGUGUGUGUUCCGUAUUCUAGCCAGUUUGGAGACAGAAAGUUUAGGAUUUGUUGAAGUUCACCAUAUGGCUAUAUUUUUGUAGAUAUUUAAAACUCUUAAUAAACUGUUAAUCAUUCUCUUU